CGUUGCGCGCUCCAGCACCACCUCUCUCGCCCUGCCACCCACGUCCCCACGUCCGACCAGCGAGUAUGCUCCGCCAACCUCCCGUCUCUCGACCGCUACCCUCCCACCGGAUCGCCCGACCUCGCCGCCUGUCCAACCUGAGAAUGCCCGGACCAAACGCUUCAGCAUGUUGAAGUUUCGCAACUUCUCCGAAUCGCAUCUGUCCACCCGAGCAAGGGAGGAUGCCGCAAGAGAGGAGGUUCCGCCUAUGCCGGCGCUAAGCAGAGUUAAUACACCUGCCAUCGUGAAGACUGCGCCGACAUUUGAUCACGAAGUGCUUACUGCCGAGCAGAAUCGGAGUGCGCCUUCGACGAAAACUUUGGAAAAGACCAAAAGCAUGGCUUCUGACAUGUCGCGAUUGUCGCAAGAUCACGCCAGAGGAAAGGAAAGGAAGGAAAGGAAGUCUACAUCGAAAUGGCGGAAGUUGCAAGGCAGGAGCACUGGCUUGGAAGAUUUGCAGCGACUGUCCGCGGCGAAUUCACACAAGGACGCUCCUCCUGCGUACGGAAACGACAACGAUUCAGAACUGGCCCUUCCUGCGCCUCGUUUCUCGGAGUCUUCGCGAUCAAGUGGAAGCCGCGGCAGUUCUGGCGACCAUCAGAUCUACGGCAGUACGACUACGACGACUCACACAGUAUCCACGCACACGACAUUCUUUAAGCUUCCGCGAAGAAACAAAAACCGCAACUCACUAUUCCCCUUGCCUGUCAAGAUACCAUCGCCCGACGGGAGUCAGUCACCGAACGGACCCGCAACGCCUCGCGCAUCGACGAGCGCUGUAUCGAUCAAAAGCCGACAGUCUACCGAUUCACGAAGCGAACCUGCAACAACACGUUUCAGACGACACACCGAAACGAGCCCGACCAGGCGACAGGCCCAUCAGAAUCAGCUCGCAUCGUCUCCUCACACGAAUGCUUCAAGCUCUCUUGUGCUGUCCGAUACGGGGAGGCCUCUUGAACGCGAAGAGACCCAGUGGUCGCGCGACUCCUCCUUCUCUUCACCAUUGAGGCCACCGAUGCGAUUUGGCUUGAGGGACCGCGCAUCAACAACGAGCUCUUGGGGACGCGGGUCGAUGGAUACAGCCCAAGCGGGCGGAAGUGGGAGAACUUCAACGUCAACCACUGGAAGGGCCAGUCUUGGUGGUUUCUUGGGUCUGUCCCGCUUUCGACAAGGCUCGGAAUCGCAAUCGCCGCGAACUGGGUCGCCUUCGUCUAGGAGCAAGUCUAAUUCGUUCGCCUUGAGUAGAGAAGCGUUGGUAGUGCCUGAGCGAGAAGAAGGCGACACACCUGGAAAGUAUCUUGAACGACUCGAAGCUGCUGUGAACCGAAGCAUGAUCGCAGAGAUCCUUUCAAAGUCCUCAGAUCCAUUCGCACAGGCGGCCGACCUUCCCAAGGAGACUCAACAAGUCGAUCGUGUUAUUCAGGCAUUCGCCGACAGAUAUCAUGAGUGCAACCCUGGAAUCUUCAUGUCAUCGGACCAGGCGUACAUUAUAGCAUUUUCGCUCAUGAUGCUGCACACGGAUGCAUUCAAUCGCAACAACAAACGCAAGAUGCAGAAGCAGGAUUACGUCAAGAAUACUUCUGGGCAACACGUUAGUGAGGAUGUCCUUGGGUGUUUCUACGACAACAUCUGCUAUACACCUUUCGUACACUACGAGGAGGAAGUGGACGUCAAUGGUGAAAGAGUGCUUCCUUUCACGACGAAGAAGAGCAAAUUGAAAGGUGCUAUCACGGAUUCCGGUAAGAAGGUCUCUGGCCCGGUCGACCCGUACAACCUCUUGGUGGAGCAAAAACUGGAUCUCCUGCGGCCUCCAAUCAAAGAUUCGAUACUGCUGGAAGAUCCGUACAACUACACAUGUGGCCAAACACCACUUGACAUGCAAUACCUGCAGCGAGCUUUCACACAUACCGGAACACUCCAAAUCAUCUCCGCUCGAUCACGGCCAGCGGCAUACGAAGGCCAAGUCAACACUGCAAACCCACAUGCGGUCGAAACCCAGCAAGGAAUUGUCGAUCUCAAAAUUACCAAGCGACAAGGUGCCCCGAGAAUGCCCGUAACGUUUUCACCUCCACUUACCGACUUCAAGCCUGACGCCCUUAUCAAGACCGACAACGCUGUCGCUCUUGGUGAACUCAUUGACUGGAUUAACCUUAUCAACUAUGCGGCAGCCUUCAGAGCUGCUGGCGUGCGCAUUCGUGGCAUGAUCUCUGGGAAUGACGAAUAUUCCCGCUCGCGCGACCUCCACCGGCCCACAUCUGCACACACAGCUACGUCUGCAACUAGCGAAGUCGCUGGCAAAGGCUCCGGCUACGAUCAAGGACUCACCCGUCAAGUCAUGACCGCGAGACGGCAGAUCAUGGUGCAGAAGAUCGGAGAAUACGACAAGGAGAUCGCCAAUCUGCAAAAGCAACACGAUGACAUUCUACGCAAUGCUCGCCAUCUCCUAGUACUUGCUCCUAUCCCGCCAAAGACGCGUGAAGACAUUGUUGUUGCUGCUGGGAGGAGCGAUGCUCUGUUGACCUGGGUUCGCCGUGACAUCUGGAAGAUGAGAUGCCAUCGUGACAUCCUGUCACUGGACAUUCAGCAAGACGGCGGUGAUGCUGGCGACAAGCUGGUCGAUACACCAGACACGGCGAAGAAGAUGCCACGGAUGAACUCACAGGUAAGCGGGCGCAGUCGCAGCCAACCACAAGGCACAAGGUCGCCCGCCAAAAGUGAAAGAUCGCCUACCAGCAUGCGUCCAAGACCCUCAACCACCGAAUCCAUGGAUACCUUUGUGGACGACGUCUUCCGUAGUACGGUCGAGAGUCCAUCUUCUCCAGGUGGAGACGGUUGGCGCCUGCCUCCGCUGCAGUUUGACGUAGAGCAGCAGCAAGACAAGCACCGUGGAUCCAUUGCUAGCACUCUACUCACCGCCGCAUCCGGCACUUCGCAAAGGCAGCACAGCUGGUCAGCUUCUUCGACCUCCAGCCGACAACACCACCGCCUGAAUUCGCCAGACCGCUCGGAAACCCUGCACACCAUCACUCGAACUCUCAGCGUUGGCGGCGAGGAUUCUAACCAGGUGCCGCAAGAAGAGCAACAAGACAGCCAAAGGCAAGCGUCGCAGCUUGCAAAAAACUCUCCGCGACGUCCACCACAACAGUUCAGUCUCCCAGCGCCACCGCCGCAAUAA